CGGCGAUGAAAGCUUAGUGCUCGCCUUCCCGGAAGUUGUUAGACAGUUGUUUCCGGGGCAGUGUGAGGUGGAAGACUACGAAUGGGUCGCAGUCGUAGCCGCUCCCCACGGAGGGAGCGUCGGCGGUCCCGGUCCACGUCCCGCGAGCGCGAGCGCCGGCGCCGGGAAAGGUCUCGGUCGCGCGAGAGAGAGCGGAGGAGGAGCCGCUCACGGUCCCCGCACCGGAGGCGCUCCAGGUCUCCAAGACGACAUAGAUCCACAUCUCCUUCCCCUUCUCGACUAAAAGAAAGAAGGGAUGAAGAAAAGAAAGAAACAAAAGAAGUAAAAAGCAAAGAACGACAGAUUACUGAAGAAGACUUAGAAGGCAAAACAGAGGAAGAAAUAGAAAUGAUGAAGUUAAUGGGAUUUGCCUCCUUUGACUCCACAAAAGGGAAAAAGGUGGAUGGCUCUGUAAAUGCUUAUGCUAUAAAUGUGUCUCAAAAAAGAAAGUACAGGCAGUACAUGAAUCGAAAAGGAGGAUUCAACAGACCUUUGGAUUUCAUUGCAUGAAUACUGCAAUGUUAAGGAAUGUUUUUUACCCUCAUCUUGAUCAGAAGAGUGGAUCUUGUAUUUGUAUUUAAUAGCCAUCAAAAACAGGAUCACAGUUCUUCUUCCUUGUAAAGUAAGACAAUUUUAUUUAUGAUGUGUGCAGUUCACUUAUUGAAUACCUAGCCUCAAAAGAAAAAGGUUAAAUACUGCAUUCUUUUCUUUUAGGAAAUGCUAUUUGGGGCAAUCAUCAACACAAUUGUUUUGUCUAUUAUUCCUGUGGAAGUUGUCUGUUUUCCUCUUGGAUGCUCAUUAGGACUUUUUUAAACAUAUAAAGUAAUUUGGAUGUAAGUUUCCCAAAUAAAGCAAUAUUUCUACCCUUU